CACAAGUACGUAAAAAUUAUUAAAGUUAAACCAACAAAAAUUGUACCUUAAUUAUAUGUUUUUUAUAGAUUUUUAUGUAACUAUGACGGAUGCCGAGAAUUUAGGCCAGGAAGAAGUGAAAAAACUGUGCUUUGUGGGAGCCUGGGCUUGGGCUUUGGAGAUUUUCUUUUGGAUUUGUGUGGCUGCCUUGAUCAUGUAUUUGCUAAGGCGCCUUAUAGAGGGUCCCUUUUACCGCAAACCCAAUAGAAUAGAUGGCAAAGUGGUUAUUGUAACGGGCUGUAAUACAGGCAUUGGCAAAGAAACUGCCUUGGAAUUGGCUAGAAGGGGAGCUCGUUUGUAUAUGGCCUGCAGAGAUGCGGCCAGAUGUGAGGCAGCUCGUUUGGAAAUCAUAGAACGCACACAAAAUCCCAAUAUUUUUAAUCGUACCCUGGAUUUGGCCUCUUUGUCUUCGGUAAGACAAUUUGCUGAACGAUUUUUGGCCGAGGAACAGAGAUUGGAUAUAUUGGUGAAUAAUGCCGGGGUAAUGGCCACACCACGCAAAGUGACAGCCGAUGGUUUUGAGCAGCAAAUGGGCAUAAAUCAUUUGGGUCAUUUCUUGCUAACCAAUCUGUUAUUGGAACGCCUUAAGACUUCUGCCCCCAGUCGUGUAGUGGUGGUUAGCUCGGCUGCCUAUGUCUUUGGUCGCAUUAAUAAGGCGGAUUUGAUGAGUGAGAAAUCGUAUUCCAAGUUUUUUGGUGCCUAUGCUCAAAGUAAACUGGCCAAUAUCUUAUUUACCCGCAAACUAAGCGAGAUACUUAAUGGUUCUAAUGUCACUGUGAAUUGUGUUCAUCCUGGUAUUGUGCGCACCGAAUUGAUGCGCUAUAAUACCUGCCCCAAAACCUGGAAUGUGCUCAAGACUGUUAUAAAUGUGUUUAUACGAUCACCCAAGGCUGGUGCCCAAACUUCAUUGUUUUUGGCUUUGGAUCCUAAAUUGGAAUGCAAAACAGGCGGCUUUUAUUAUAAUGCCUUAAGAUUCCCCGUAUUGCCACGAGCUGCUGAACAAGAAAUGGCCGAUUGGUUAUGGCAGGAAAGUGAAAAACUGGUGGGUCUACCAAACAGCAUUAAAGCCAAAGAACCUGAAGAGGAAAAAGCCACAGCUAUGAUGGAAUCGGUUAAGGUUAUUAAAGAGCAGGAGGAGGAAAAAUGAAAAUGAAAAUUUAACCAGUGUCCCAAACAGUGUGUAUUAGUUAGUUAUAUUAUUUUAUUUAUAAUAAAAAUUUUAAUUUAAUUUAAUUAUUCUUUUUUUAUAAUUUAUUGAGAACAAAAAUUGUGUUUAGUGUUUAUAUUAAUUAAAUAAAGUACAAUUUUAUUUUUUUUAUUUAUUUACCAUUAAAUAA